AUGUCACUGUGCUCUCUGUGGAACUUGGCAAACAUCCCGAUUUCGCCUAGAGCAUCCACUGCACGCUCCUCGCCGUACGAGCAAAGGCCUGCUCAGCGCAACAUCCAAUCGAUUGGAAAGGGCCUCUUGCGCAUGGCUCGACUGAUAAUGCUUGCAUCUGGUCUUACCGCGCUUCUGGCUGUCGUGCUAUACUUCGAUGAACUCUCCUCGACUCGUGCAUCUGCCUACAGCCUGUUAGGCCAAUGGAGCAGUCUCUUGCAGCAAAUCCCGGGCCCAUCGAGCGAGCUUGACCUUGACAACAGCACCAGCAUGGCAUGGGAUAUUCGUUACCACCUUGGCGGCAACAGCCCAUGGAUACCCAAGGCAAGAGGCAUAGUACCCGACGGCAUCAACCUCCCUAUAGGAUGCCGCGUAGAACAAGUACAUAUGGUAGGCUACCUGAGAGUCUGGGUGCAUCUGACACACCCCAAAGGCAUGCUCGAGCUGUAUCACCAUAUUCGAGGUGCGAAUGUCACGCUGAACGGUACCCUGGCAUUUGCAAACAGUUGGGACUUUUUCAUGAAGAAUCCAAGCGAGCGCCUGGAGAACCUGGUUGCUACUGGUCCGUACGCCGGUACAUUGGAAGCUUUCAACACAGGCGUGAAGCUAGGCACGAGGUAUGAGCAUCUACUUGAUUAUGCCAUUGAGCACAAUGAGACAGCAUUUUGGGCCAGCGGAUCGAAGCGCGUGGUUGAGACAGCACAAUACUUUGCAGCAGGUAUGUACGGCCUUGAGUGGCAGAAUACUUCAAGACUUCAUAUCAUCCCGGAGACGGAAGACCGAGGUGGAGACACUCUCACCGCCGGCAAAACUUGCUUCCGCUACUUGCACAAUGCAGACGAGUUCGGCCGUCAGUAUGGCUAUCGCAUGUGGAACGAGUGGCGAGAAGUCUACCUGCCACCCAUCACGAAACGUCUUCAGGAGCAGAACCCUGCCAUGAGCUUCACUACGAGCGAGAUAUACAGCAUGCAAGAGCUUUGUGGCUUUGAAACAAUCGCCAAAGGCUCCAGCAAGUGGUGUGACCUCUUCACGCACAAUGAGUGGUUGCAGUUCGAGUACGCUCGAGAUAUUCUCCACUACUACCGUACAGGAUCCGGAAACCCAUACAGCAGCAGCAUUGGCUGGCUAUGGCUCAAUGCCACGGCUACACUGUUGCAGCAGGGUCCAGCUGCUGGCACGCUCUUCUUUAGCUUCGUGCACGAUGGCGAUGUCAUUCCAAUGCUGACCGCGCUUGACCUCUUACCACACGAGAAGCAGCACUUGCCUGCUACUCAUGCACCGCAGAAUCGGGUCUGGCAAACCUCAGAUCUUGUACCGAUGGGUGGCCGCAUCAUCUUCGAGAGAUUGGUACGAGGAGAGCCCAAGCAAUGCUGGGACCACGCAGAAUACGGCUAUCCGAACCAUGUAUACUGCUCACAGAGCACGGAAGAGCACUUCGUCCGCAUCAAUGUCAACGAUGGUGUCGUGGCGUUGCCUGGCUGUGAUAGCGGGCCAGGCAGAAGCUGCCCGCUCGAUCAGUUCCUGGAGAGGAUAAGUAAGAAGGGUGAGGAGGUCGGCGACUUCAGAGAGGUCUGUGGUCUGCCCAGGUCUGCGAAAGCUGGUAUCGAGUUCUUACAUCAAUGA